AAAAAAAAUCUAAACAUUCUAAGUUUAGAUUGUUCGCGGAUUUUGUGUUUUUGUAAAGCCGCGUCGUUUAAAUUUGCGUUGACUUGGUGCAAGGCACGGUACAUUCCGAGGUCGCCUUAACCGAAUUUCCCGUCCAGUGACUCGGGGGGGAAACAUACCCCGUUUAUCUACCACUACUUUCGUUUAAUCUCGAAUAUAUCUCCAGAAGCCGCCAAACUCGUUUUUUUAACGCGAUAAAGGGCACCUUUGUCGUGUUUGGAGCCCUCGCGGUCGUCUUCAUUUCCGAGUCAGGACUCCAUGAGGCUUGUGGAGGGAAGAACAGCCGCCUCUUGGUUCGCCAUCAGGGAGCUCGGUGAUCUCGCCGUGUGGGCUCGUUUUUGUGUGCGCCUGCCGUGAGAACAAAGUUCGCGAUCUCAUUUGACAGUUUUCGGUUAUCUGUGUUUGAGGAGCAAGUCGGGUGAGUUCUGAAGCUUUCGCGCUGUUUUUUCCUCUCGGUGGAGGUGAAUUAUGCUCGCAGCAGCGCGUGGAGGCGAGUAUGGCGGCUCUAGAACAGUCGACACGCCACUGAAGCGUCCGCUCUCUCGGCUGUCGAGCUUUUCUAUUGUGACUUGGGAACUAAAUGACAUGAUUAUACAACAGAUUGAUUAAUUUCUAAAUAAGUGGAUGUCGCUUGUCAUAACUGUGCUUCAGUCACCGCGUAUUCAGUGAGAUUAAUCGUAUAUUUAUUUCAUUUUUGUAUUCCAAGCCUUUGAAGACCCUGCUGCCACACGGGCUGCUCACGCCGCGCUUUCACCCCGCAUUCCUCAUCACUCGAAACUAGGGGUAAAUAACCAGAUUUCUUCACGAGUGAUUCAAGACAAUGAAUGGAGAAAUGGACUCCUCUGCUAAAGAACCCGUUUGGGAGCAGGAUGAUCUGUUGAAGCUGUUGGAUGCCAUGAAGGUGAACCUACCAGAAAAAGAUCUGGCCAAGUACAAGACGUCCGAGUCCCAUUUGGACUGGGAGAAAGUGGCUUUCAACUCGUACUCUGGGGAGAUGUGCAAACAGAAAUGGCAUGAAGUGUCACGUGAGAUUCGCAAAUUUCGCACCCUUACUGAGCUGAUCGUGGAUGCGCAAGACUACGUCAAAAAUCCAUACAAAGGAAAGAAGCUGAAGAAGCACCCAGACUUCCCCAAAAAGCCGCUGACCCCAUAUUUCCGUUUCUUUAUGGAGAAGCGUGCCAAGUAUGCUAAACUACAUCCAGAGAUGAGCAACCUAGAUCUCACAAAAAUCCUGUCCAAAAAGUACAAGGAGCUCCCAGAGCGUAAAAAAGAGAAAUAUGUGAAUGACUUUCUCAGAGAAAAGGAGACGUUUAUGCUCAGCAUGAUGAAGUUCAAGCAAGAUCAUCCCGACCUUGUUGAGAACGUUAACAAGAAGUCCAAUGUUCCAGAGAAGCCCAAGACGCCCCAGCAGCUGUGGUACAGCCAUGAGAAGAAGGCCUUUCUCAAAGCACACCCAGAUGCGACUACCAAAGACAUCAAGGACAGUCUUGGCAAGCAGUGGCCACAGCUCUCAGACAAGAAGAGGAUAAAGUGGAUCACAAAGUCUUUGGAGCAGAAGAAAUUGUAUGAGCAAAAGAUGCGUGAGUUUGUCCAGCAGCACCCAGAGAUGAACAUCACGGAGGAGAACAUCGUCAAAUCCACUCUGACCAAAGCAGAGAGACAGCUCAAGGACAAGUUUGAUGGGCGGCCAGACAAACCGCCUUCUAAUGGUUAUUCUAUGUUCUGUGCUGAGCUGAUGUCCAGUAUGAAAGAUGUUCCCAGCACAGAGCGUAUGGUCAUGUGCAGCCAGCGCUGGAAACUGCUCAAACAGAACGAGAAAGAUGCCUACCAAAAGCGCUGUGAGCAGAAAAAGAAAGAAUAUGAAGUUGAGAUGAAUCGUUACCUAUUAAGUAUCUCAGAGGAGGAACAGCAGAGAAUACUGUCAGAACAGAAGAUGGGCAGCUUUAAAAAGGGAGGUGGAGGCAGUAGUCCAGCUUCCAAAAAGAAGAACUCAAAAGCAAAGUCCAGUACAGAGAAGCCCAAGCCUCCUGUGUCCGCAAUGUUUAUUUUUUCUGAGGAGAAGCGCCCAAAACUUCAAGAGGAACGGCCUGAUCUUACUGACAUGGAGCUCACCAGACUACUGGCCCGCAUGUGGAGCGAACUUUCUGACAAGAAGAAGGAGAAGUAUAAAAACCUGGAGAUGACGCUGAAGGCAGAAUCUGAAAAACAGAGCAAAGAAGACAAAGGGAAACGACCAGAAACACCCAAAACGGCUCAGGAAAUCUGGCAACAAAGCGUCAUUGGCGACUAUCUUGCCCGAUUCAAGAAUGAUCGCACGAAAGCUCAAAAAGCCAUGGAGGCCACCUGGAACACCAUGGAGAAGAAAGAGAAGAUCAUGUGGAUCAAGAAGGCUGCAGAGGACCAGAAGAGAUACGAAAGAGAGCUGAGUGAGAUGCGAUCGCCUGCCCCAGUCAUCACCCCCGGGAAGAAAAUGAAAUUUGAUGGGGAACCUAAGAAACCGCCCUCGAACGGUUAUCAGAAGUUCUCUCAGGAGAUGCUGUCAAACGGCGAGCUGAAUCAUCUGCCCAUGAAAGAGCGGAUGGGUGAAAUCGGAGGACGCUGGCAGCGGCUGCCUCAGAAAGAGAAGGACCGUUACAAAAGACUGGCAGAAGAGAAGCAGAGGCAGUACAAAGUGCUCCUCGAGCAGUGGCUUGCGGGUUUAUCAUCACAAGAGAAAGCUACAUAUAAAGAAUAUAAUUCUCUGAAACGGAGGAGCACAUCAAAACCAGGUGCCACUGCUGCUAAAGUGAAACCCAAGGCCAAACAAUCAGAUGAGGACGAUGAUGAUGACGAUGACGAUGAUGAUGACGAGGAUAAGGAAUCUGAUGACGAAUCAUCCUCUGAUGACAGUGAUGAUGAUGAUGAUGACGACGACGACGACGAUGAUGAUGAUAAUGAAGACAUAGAGGAUGAAGAGGUCGAGGAUAAAGAGAAUAAGUCAGAAAGCAGCAGCAGCGCUUCCAGCUCUGACGAUUCAUCGGGUUCAGACUCCGAUUGAGCCAGAGUCCUGUCAGACUGAGCCCACAGACUGCCAGAAAUGCUGUGAACUGAGCCAUGAGCCGGGGGUCUGGGCCUCCACAGGAGGGGGCUCACCCCGCCGUCACACAUCUGCACCACCUCUCACACACUCUUUCCUUUGCUUCUCUUCUCCCCUGCACUUCUGCUUUUACUUUGUCCUCCAUCGAUAAAUUCACUUGGCAGGUUUUAAGGCAUUUUAGGCAACGUGUAGGAGUCUAAAUCCCUCCCAACACAGAAAAGGGUGCAGUGCUCUUCUAUUGGCUUGCAGUAGUCAUGAGGUGUUAUUAGGGCGUCUUGUGUUUAUACGUUAAAUGUAGGAGGACAUGGAGAGCACCGGGUACCAUUAUCUUUUCCGUAAAUGAGCCAAAGAGUCUCUUGGUUUCACAGAUUUUUUCAGGAGGUACAGGGGACCAAAUAACUGCACUCUGAACAACGUUUGCUUUCUUUUCUUUUGUCUGUACCUCUCCUGUUUUUCCUCUCCCCUUUUUAGCUCCCUCCAUUUUUGCUCUGCUGUUUGUUUUUGCUUCUUCGGUUCAAAACAUUGUGGUAUUUUCAGGAACAAUGAAGCCAUUUUGAAUGUCGCCGCUGGUCUCACACGCGGUUCUUGUUCAUCAGGCGUUUGUGCGCUGCCCUUACCUGCACCUGACGAGGGGUUAAAGGUGAAAAUGGACUAUUUAUUUCUGUCCUGUUUUAGGAAAGCUGCCCGUAGCUGAUGGGUUUGAGUUCGCUGUUCAUUCAGAUAAUAAAACUGACUGAUGUUACAUUAUGAGGACUAGUUCAUCAGUUAAUUGUUUGGCAGCACAAGCAAAGGUCUUGCAGAAGUAUGCUUGGGUUAUUAUUUAUUUUAAUGGGGCACCAACAUUUCUUCAGUUCUUCUGUUUGUUAUCAAUGGUUAUGUAUUUCUUGAAGCUGACAUUUUUGUUCCUCUUUCCGACCACUGUUUUAUUUGGUGCUCCAAAUAGCUGUUUUCCUUUUUAAAAUGAUGCGUUUUAAAUAUGAUGGAUGUGACUUACCCCACAAUUCAGUGCACUUAUGAUGGAAUCCCUUGUUCACAAAACAUAGUGACCUUUUUUUCAGUAUUCUUUCAGCUCUUUCUGCAUUUCACUCAUUCGCCCAUAAUGUCUACCACUUCCCAGGUCUUUCACGCACCAGCUCAAGGAAUGUAAUUGAGAUGUUUUAUUUAAGAGAGGGGUACUGUUAUUUGUUAUGUGUUUAUGUAUAUAUGAACAGUUUUUGAGGGUGACUGGUAUAUUCUCUCAUUCCAGUGCCCUGGUCUGAAAUGGCAACUAAAUUUAGUUAAACCCACAACCCAGCUUUCUCUGCUGAGCUACCACCUUUUGAUCAGUAUGUUUAUGCAGUCCUCAACUUAACAGGGGCAGUGUAAGUGAUAUUUGUCCUCUGUCAAAGCUUUGAAUUUUGAUCAUUUGCAUGUAAAGACAAGCAAAUCGUUUUUGGGGGGAAUGCUGUCAAAACAGAUCUGGAUGCUGUAAUUUCUGUACCAGAUGUGUGACCUUUGUUCUAGGAAUCUGAAGUAAUCAAGGUCUGUUCUUGCAAAAAUGUUCUGUUCUGUUCUUGCCUUAGUUUGAUAGAUAUAAUUUGGUUCUAGAGGUUUUGAAUGAAAGGUUGGGAUAAGAAAGCCUGUGGACCUUCAAGAUUUGUUGAUAUUUUAUAGGAUUUUGAGACUUGCAAAUAGAUUUGGGUUGGGUUCGAUGCUGUUGUAAGGUAUUUGUACAUAUAUCUUUCUUUUAUUUCCCUUUGUAAUGAGUGAACGUUAUUGCGUUUGUAUUUUGAGUUGGCUAAGCAAUAUGCUGCUGAAGCCAAAAUGAGUUUGUUCGUCAAUUGGGGACAUGUUUUUAAUUUAAGUUUUAAUUUUUACCCCUUCCUGUGUUUGUUUAUUUGUAGAAAUGACAAAAAAAGAGAAAAAGCUUAAAUUUGUACUACAGGUUUGAAACAUUUGGACAUUUUCUAUAGCAAGAGAUGUUAUAUCCCUGCAAUUUACAAUUUGAGCAAAUAAACCUUCUCUUAAACAGUU